AAUAAUGAAAUAAUACCUUCGACUAGUUAUAUUUGCAGAACAUAUGAUAUUUAUUCAUUAUCACCGAUUGGAAAAUCGCUGAAAUUCAUUAUGCAUACAAAGCGACGGAUUAAUCAUUUGCGGAACUGCUUUUUCUCGCCUGUACAAUGUCUUUUGCCGUUAAACAGCAGUCGCUGGAGAGCAAAUAUGCGCAUUUAUACUGAUUAUUCUACAUUGAUUUUGAUUAGAGCUAAAAAAUUCUUCACACUAUGGUUAACUCGAUUUUAG